GUUUGAUUUACUUGAUUGCUACACUUCAGAUGAUUGUUUCUCUUAUGAAUACUACGAUUAUGUCUAAAUCAAUUUGUAUUUGUUUUCUUCUUCUCACCAAUCUAAUUAGUUUAAUUGUCUCAGAAAAAGGUUCCUUACCUUUGGUGAUUAACACUUGGCCUUUUACCAAUGCAACGAUUGCGGCAUGGGAAACGAUUUACCAUGAAGGUGGAUCAGCUGUUGAUGCCGUCGAAAGAGGAUGCUCUCAGUGCGAGGUUGACCAAUGCGAUGGUACCGUCGGGUGGGGCGGAAGUCCCGAUGAAAACGGAGAGACGACACUUGAUGCUAUGAUCAUGGAUGCGACAACUCAUGAUAUUGGUGCAGUUGGGGCACUUCGAAGGGUCAAACAGGCCAUUUCGGUCGCUCGAAAGGUCAUGGAAAACACGAAUCACACUUUAUUGGUCGGAGAUCAAGCGACACAAUUUGCCCUCUCAUUGGGAUUUCAUGAGACAAGUUUGACUUCAGAUAAAUCGAGAAAAAUUCAAGCCGAUUGGAUAAAUAAUUCCUGUCAACCUAAUUACUGGAUUAAUGUUAAUCCAGAUCCAAUGUUACAAUGUGGACCUUAUCAUUUACCACAAUCAGAUAAACUAAUCAAAUCAAACACAAUUGACAAUCCAAAUACAAUUAUCUCAUCUUCUGAAUCAGAAAGAGGUCAUGACACCAUUGGGAUGAUCGUAAUUGACUCAAAUGGACUGAUAUCAACGGGCACUUCGACUAAUGGACUGAGUCACAAAAUCCCUGGUCGUGUCGGUGACUCUCCGAUUCCUGGAGCUGGUGCUUAUGCCGAAAAGGAUGUCGGUGCUGCUGCUGGUACAGGAGACGGUGACAUCGCCAUGAGAUUUGCUCCGGCGUAUCAAGCUGUCGUUAAUUUAAAACUCGGUAUGAGUCCAACAAUCGCAGCUAAAGAUGCCAUUGAACGGAUGGCAAAUUAUUUUCCAAAUGCUAUGUUAGCUUUAAUUGUCGCAAAUAAUCAAGGAGAUUUCGGUGCUGCUUGCAAUGGAAUUGAAACUUUCCCGUUCUCUGUAAUUAAUCCAAACCAAUCAAAAGUAACAGUUUAUCGUGUUAAUUGUACAAAUCCAAUCAAACCAAGUCCACACUGAACGUUGGUCAAUAAACAGAAUCGAGAUUGUAAUCACCAACGAAUCAAAGUCUUCAAAGUUACCAAUUAACCCGUUAUAAUGUGUCCAAAACACUCGAUAAUUACAAUUAAAGUGCAAUUUAUCCUGGGGCAUCAUCAUAAAAAGAACAACA